UGGGGGGAACUCAGAAGGAUGCCAGUGAGCUAACAUUAUUACUUGGAAGCAGACAUAAAACUGUGGUAAUCAAAGCGGCUUAAAUAAACUCUACUUUUCGGCUGGAUUGCUUGAAUCUGUUAAAGCCCUGACUAGGCCAGUGGGGCCAGUGCCCAGGGGCCUAUGACUAUGUAGAAUGAACCCACAACCCAUUCAAAAAUAACUCUAGGGGGGAUCUGUGUGCCCCCCUGAGAACUGAAAGGGAAAGUGUGGUGCUCAGUAAACAGGUCUUAUAAUGAAAGUGCAACCGCCCUUUAUUCUUGCACAGUCACUGAGGAGAACAGCUGUGUCUCUCAUGCAGGUAAUGGCGGGAGGAGAAAUCAUUGAACAUGGGCAAGCUGAAGAUCCCAAACUAAAGUCCAGUACCCAGGAACCUGUUAAAUCUCAAAAUAAAUGGCUUCGAUUUGGAAAAAAGCCACUGAAAUACAUCACAAUCGUAUCUGGAAAAACCCUGAAUUCUCAUGAAGACUUAAAAAGGCUUCUUGAAAAUGAAAUGUCAAGUCUGUGUGAAGUGCCUGAAAAGGAGAAGCAUGAUAUGAUUCUGCUGUUCUGUCCUGUUGUUUCACGUGCUGGAACUGACAUUGAAGCAGCACUGGACAAACUUCGUAACAUUCCGGACUCUUUACCUGUUAUUCUAGUGGUGCUCCAUCACACACUUGAGGCACAGUGCACUGUACCAGACAGCAGAGGAUCAGUAACCAGACAGAACACACUCACAGUGGACUGUCAGUUCCAUGAGGAUAAAGGACUGCUGCAAUGCCAGAAGAAUGAUGAUGCAAUACAGAGUAUUGUAAAAUGGAUUAAACAACCACCAAAGGUUUCCCGAUGGUACCACGGUCUUAUCUGCUGUCUGUGCAGAUCCUGCUGAAUAAGUGCCGAUAGAGUGUAGAUGUUGGUGAGGAGAGUGCAGUAGGAGACUUCAUCCUGCCAGACAGGAAAGGAGCUGUGAAUAUUCAAGGAGAAAUGUAGUUAGCGCAAUGCUUAUCACAGAAUAGAGACGUUCGUGAAUAAAGGGAUGCAAGCAGGCUUUAAUGUUGAAAUCAAAACCGUCAUCAAAAACAGGCAAAAAGGUCAAGGCAGAAAAACAGAGAUCCAGGGCAAACAAUCCAAUGGGCAAGUCAAAAAUCAGAGUCAGGGAAGCGAAAAUACAAGUCAUACACGGUAAUCAACACAAUAGAAAGAACGCUCAGUAGUUUGCAGAUGAAACAAUACCUCGCAACUAACUACGGCUGAAGGCUUAUAAGCUAAAGUGGUGAGGUCAUGUGAUCACAGAUACAGGGGCUGCACAGAGAAUUCUGGGAGAUCGAGUCCGGUGUCUCGCUGGUGACAUUCAUGACAGUCAGUAAAUCGUUAUCAGUUCAGAUUGUCAAAAACAUAAACUGACAAAAAAUGUUUGUUUUGCUCUGAAGAAUGUUUAAUUUCGCUCUAUUAAGCAAUGCUAUGAUUAACAUUUACUUAAUCCUAUUAAAUUCCUCUGUUACAAGUGA